ACUCAACUGGAGCUUCCAGGGUGGGAGGACCCCGCCAACUUGCUGGCUCGCCUCCUGUUUACCUUGCCUCAAAAUCACGACUGUUGCUACAACCCGCAUACACGCACUCAUCGCUUUACCGACAUACAAAGAACCCCUACAAAUCUAUCAUCACAAUGGCGGACUCCCUUACCGAAGAGCAGGUCUCCGAGUUCAAGGAGGCAUUCUCCCUGUUUGACAAGGACGGCGAUGGCCAGAUCACCACCAAAGAGCUGGGAACCGUGAUGCGCUCGCUGGGGCAGAACCCCUCCGAGUCGGAGCUUCAAGACAUGAUCAACGAGGUCGACGCCGACAACAAUGGCACCAUUGACUUCCCUGAAUUCCUCACCAUGAUGGCCCGCAAGAUGAAGGACACCGACUCUGAGGAGGAGAUUCGGGAGGCUUUCAAGGUCUUCGACCGCGACAACAACGGUUUCAUUUCUGCUGCCGAGCUGCGCCACGUUAUGACCUCGAUCGGCGAGAAGCUCACUGAUGACGAGGUUGACGAGAUGAUCCGGGAGGCUGAUCAGGAUGGCGAUGGCCGCAUUGACUACAAUGAGUUCGUGCAGCUCAUGAUGCAAAAGUAAAAGAGGGUGCAGGCACUCGCCUUGAAACUUUCCGUCCUUGUCCCCAGGCUUUGGCGUCCCGGUCCAGGAUGGUUCCUGUUUCUUUCCUUGAUGUUGGCAAUAUUAUGAGCGAUGUGAGGUCAACCGGAGACACAAGAUACUCAGUGCAUAGACUGAAUGAUUGAAAUGGUCGAUGCUAGCUUUCUUCGUGGCGGCUUGCGCCUCGCUGGGUACUAGUAUAUGCGACGAUCCAGAUUGUUAAAGGCCAACUCCUCAGGUCGCCGCACGCCCAUCUGCAUGUACUGUGACACUUUAGUUCCACAAGCCCAAAAUAUCAAGGUUGUAUGUAUCAGAGUCGAGCAAAGGACGUUUAUAAUUCUGGUCAUUCCAGAGUUGUCGUAUUUCAGGUGAUAGUAGCGGAU